CUGGAUCAUGUCUGGAAGGAUGCAAGGUUUGUCAUGCACAUUUUGCAUGCCUCCUGACGUCUGUGAUGCAUGCUCUAGCACCACAGAUGUUGAUGUGAGGUCUUCCUGAUGUUGCCUAUACGGCAUGAGAAAUUGAAAUGCCCUGUGGCCGUGGCAAGAAACAUUGGACCUCUUUUGCUGUUCAUGCAAUACAGAUCUUUGUGGUAUCCAAAUAUAGCAUCACAAGUUCUUACAUCCUUCCAGACAUCGUCCAGGGUGGAUAUUUGUAAUGCAUACGAUCUCGACCGGUCCAAUUCUGUUUCCAUGGACGAAUUUCAGCACGGGUUGCAGCGCAUGCACUACCUAUGA